AUGUUGACUUGUGCUGAGCAGCAGACGAUGAGAGUUUACCUCCGAGUCCGACCUUUCUCUAAAGAGGAGCUCUCUGACAACGAGGAUCAGGAUUGUGUUGUGAUUGAAAACAGCCAGACAGUGACACUGAAUGCACCAAAGGGUUCUGCGACCAUGAAGAGCAGUGAAAAGGGAAUCGGCAUGUCACUCCAUAAAUUUUCUUUCUCAAAGAUUUUUGGGCCAGAGACGACGCAGGCUGAGCUGUUCGAGGACACAGUUAAAAGCCAAAUGUCUGAUUUCUUGGAGGGGAAGAAUGCAUUGAUAUUCAGUUACGGUGUAACCAAUUCUGGGAAAACCUUCACAAUCCAAGGAACUCCUAAGGAGCCAGGAAUACUGCCUCGAGUGCUGGACGCCACCUUUCACUACAUUGAAGGUCACCAGUAUGAUGGGAUGGACGUGAAACCCUUCCUCAGGAACGGUGCUCAAUAUCUGGAUCCUGAGCAGGUCAAGCAGGAGAGAAGCAUCAAAGCUGCCGUUUUUGCUUCAAUCAAAGAAGUGAGGACUUGGUUCUGGCUAAAUUGUGAUCCUGUCAGAGCCAGCAGCAGUUCUGAGACUUUGGCUUCUUCUGUCGCAACUUUGUCAUCAUCAACUUUGGUCUACAAUCAGACAGUGUUGGCUACAAACCCAACAGAAUCAAGCAGCAGCCAGUUCGCCUUAUGGGUGGCUUUCUUUGAAAUCUACAACGAGUGUGUAUAUGAUCUACUUCAGCCGACCCUCUACACAAAGCCUAAAAAGCGAGUCUCUCUUCGUGUCUGUGAUGACGGUGCUGGAAAUGCUUAUGUUAAAGAUCUAAGGUGGAUUAACAUCCAGAACCUGGGUGAAGCCUUGAAAUUACUACAGUUUGGGAAUAAAAACAGAAGCGCUGCAGCCACUAAGAUGAACCAGUCCUCCAGCAGAAGCCACAGCAUAUUUACCAUGAAGUUACUGAGGAUCGAAGAAGAUUCAGUUAAAGGGAUUUCAGAGUUUUCUUUGUGUGACCUGGCCGGCUCAGAAAGAUGCAAUAAAACCAAGACGUUCGGAGAGAGGCUGAAGGAGGCGGGAAACAUCAACAACUCCCUGCUCAUCCUGGGGAAGUGCAUCACCGCCCUCCGUAACAAUCAGACUGACGGAAUGAAGAGCAGCUACAUCCCUUUCCGAGAGAGCAAGCUCACCAAGCUCUUCCAGACUUUCUUCUGCGGGAAAGGAAGAGCCUCGAUGAUCGUCAACAUCAACCAGUGUGCUUCCACCUACGACGAGACUCUCCACGUGAUGAAGUUCUCUGCCGUUGCCAAACAGGUGGUGCAGGUGAUCCCAGACAAGCCUCUGGAAUCUCUGUCUGCUUGUGUGGUUGGUCGAGAUGGAAAACCUCUGGUGAGGAACGGAGUGAUUGAUAGUGAAGCCCUGGAGAGCUUCCUGUCUGAAGAGGAGCUGCUGGACGACGAGGACGAGGCCGACACGUCUUUGCUGCCCCAAAGUGGGCUUGUGAAUAUGAUCGAGAAUCUGAAAACAAAACUUCUGGUUGAGCGAAGAAAAAACCUGGUACAGGAAAUGGAAAUUCGCAAGGAAAUGGGUGAUGCCAUGUUACAGCAGCUCAUGGAGAGUGAAGAACUCCGCACUCGAGAGAUAGAGGAGCUGAAGGAGAGCUACCAGGAGAAACUGGAGAACACCUUUGAGAUGUACAAAGACGCUAUAAAGGAGCAUGCUUACCAGAGCGCUAUGAACAAUCUGGAAGAUGACUACGUGCCGCUCGAUGAGUUCACGGCUGAACAAGAGAAAGUAGAGGCUCUAAGACGUAAAGUGUCUGAAUUGGAGAACUUGGCAUCCGGGUCCAGAGAAGGAGGUCCUGCAGUUCCAACAGUGGAUCAGUGGUGCCAAACCCAACCAUCCAAAGCGACAGAAGACACAGGAGAUGAUCGAUUCAAACGUCUUCACAGAGAGAAAUGUGCCGUUGAGAGGAUGUGUGAGGAUAAACAAGAGUUAAUUUUGUCCCUAGAGAAAAGGCUGAUGGAGCUCAGUGGAACGCUGCAGAAGGUCAGGGACAGCUUCCUGGAGAAAUCUGCUGAGCUAGAGGUUCUGCAGAAAAAGUCUGAUGAUCAGGCAAAAUCUAUGCAGGACCUCCUACAGCAAAAUGUUGAGAAGGACAGGGAGAUUUCCUCACUCAAGGCAGAACUUGUCAAGCUCUCCCAGGAGUCCUCUGCACAGGCUAAAACCAAGCGAAGUCUGCUGGCCAACAUCAGGGAGGCAGUCACAUCGCCACGGAAGACACCUGGCCGAACACUCAGAAAAACAGCUAAGACUGUAAACCACUAGCAAACCAAACAUCUGCUCAACAGUUGCACUUUUACGGAGAGUUUUAAUGUGGUUUUUAAAAGCUUUUGGAGGGACCUGGAUGCACAAUCUCCAGAAACCAUUUGA